AUGGCGGAAAACGUCGAGGCAUGGACAUUAUUGUCCUUGGCUCUGACUACAAUUCUUGUCCGUAUUUCUGUCCGAUGGAAGCUCGUGGGUCCAGCCAAUUUCCAGCUCGAUGAUUAUCUUAUGCCAUUAGCGGGGAUCUUCUUCACUCUCGAAACAGUCGCGGCUUACCUUGUUGGUGCCGAAUUCGAGGGCCUAACCAAUAGUUACAUGACGCCUGAGCAGCGGGCAUCCCUUAGCCCAGACUCCAAGGAGUGGUCAAAUCGUGUUGCCGGCUCCAAAAUUCAAGUGAUUGGUUGGUCAUUAUACGUGGCUAUUCUCUGGCUGGUCAAGCUUGCCUUGACGGUCUUCUAUUCUCGAUUGACGACUGGCCUCCAACACCUCCCCACUCGAGUCCGUCUCGCCUAUAUCAUUCUUUCGGUGACAUAUCUGGCAACUGAAUUAUCACUUCUCUUGUCAUGCCAGCCCUUUCAUUCGUUCUGGCAGAUUAAUCCUGACCCCGGGAAGCUUUGUCAGCCAACAAACUCUCCCGUAUACGUUUUUGUCGUCAUGGUCCUGAACGUGGUCACCGACCUUUACCUUCUCUCCAUCCCCCUUCCUCUCCUUUGGCAGGUCAAGAUCGGCUUGAGACGGAAAAUUCCCCUGAUGGCCCUCUUCUCUGGCGCUGCAUUCGUCAUUGCAGCAGCGAUCAUUCGGGCCAUUAUGGUUACAACCUCUGGUCCCGAAGGUGCCAUAGCCGGUUCUAAAUGGGCUUGUCGCGAAACAUUCGUCUCUGUCGUCGUUUCCAACCUGCCUAUUAUCCAACCUCUUAUCCGCAAGGGCUUCAAGAAGAUCGGUCUCUCUCAACUCUUCAGCUCCUCUGGCAAACCCUCAGGGCAAACAUAUCCACUUUCCAGCCGUGGUCUACAAACCUUGACUAGUCGCGCUGAGCGCAGCACAAAAAAGAGUAAGGGCGAUGCAGGGCCAACGCAUACGCAGGUUUCUGCAUGGGGUAGUGAUGAGCAUAUUCUCACUGACCCAGAACCUACCUCCAAAGAUAUUACAGUUGUUUCGGAGACGAUCGUGCACAGUGAACCUUGGGCCACAGAGGAGAGGCAAAGGAAGGAUCAUGCGGGAACAUCGCCAAAGGAAUGGGACAGUCGGUUAUCAGGGCGAUGA